CUUACAGUGAGGACAUCGCGAGCGGGGGAAAGGAGGAGCUAUCAAAGAGGCGGAGAGCACAACCGCAUUCUCCUCUGAACUGAUCCCAAAAAAAAGAAACGGGGAGAAAGAGGGGAAACUGUAUCAGGACUCUUCUUUCUUCAGUCUGGCCACCUUGCUUGCACACACAAACGUCUCCAGCAUCGUCUCACACACUGUCCUCCGUCUUGUCCCCCCCUCCACUACGGAGCACCGUCACGACUCAUCUCUCCGUCUGGAAUCAGAGGGCAACCUUGGCGACAGUUGCCCUGUCUCUCCUGACAAGCCUUUGACGUCACACUGUCCACUGGCGUUAACUCAGCACAGCUGGCCCCGGCCCGGACCAACGGUCAAAAUGAGGAAAGGGUUCCAGAGUGGUGAAGCUCACACGGGGCAUCAGCCCGGUGGCGAGGAGAGAGGGAGGGAGGUGUGCGGGAAGAGGGGGGAGAAGGAGCAGCGGCACAGGAGAGCCGAGAAGAAGCUGCUGGCCUUCUGGAUGUCCUUGUCCCACAGGACCUGGACACUCUUCAGGCCCCGCAAGAGACCGGGCUUCCAGCGCUCCGCCUCGGCCGCUCGGCUGCUGAAGAGUGAGGCAUGAGGAGGGAAAGUGUGUGUGUGUUAGUGUGUAUGUAUGUGUGUCUGUGUGUGUGGAGGUCUGUCAGUAGCAGAGUGUCAGAAGAGGCCUCACAGACCUGCUGUCAAGUGGACCCGUGUGUGUGUGUGUGUGUGUGUGUGUGUGUCUGUCUUAAUAUGUGUGCGUGAUCCAUUUAAGUGGAGGAGAGCAGCUUCCUCCACCUAUUCCACCAUUUAUGUUGCUGCCCCGCCAGAGCUGGAGUCACAGGUGAAGGGCAAAACAAGCUUGUUGUCACGUUUAUUAAGAGCCACCAAAUGGAUUGACUAUCUCAAAUCAGCUUGACGGAUUCAACAAAAACAAAGGCUUGGGGGCUGAUUUUGGCGGCGGGGAUGGGUUAACUGGGCAUCAGCCAUGGUGGUGACCCAUCUCGCUCUGGAGCUGCGUUUCCAAGGGAAGAAGCUGAGGGGCUUCACGUGCAGACUGACCCGCUCAGCCCACGGCUUACUGCCAGAGAGCUCGCGGGUCAUCGCAGCCCAGAUCCUGCUGCCGUACCUGGUGUCCGGCCUGGGAAUGGUGGCGGCCGGGAUAGUCAUGGAUGCAGUGCAAGUAUGUGGGGAGAAAAGAAAAGUGUGUCUGUGGGUGCGAGUUUACAUGGUUGUACCAACAUUAGUUUUCGUUUUUCGAUGCAUGACCGGUAGAACCCGCUUCCGUCCACAGGCCAACACGGGACAGAUGGAUGAGGCUCAGCAGCAGUGGAGGAUGGUGCUCUGUAAUCUGGCUCUGAUUCAGGUCCAGGCUACAGUUGUGGGCUUCCUGGCAGCUGUUGCAGCAGUGGGCCUUGGGGGUCUGACCAGGGGUAGAGUGGACGUUAUCCAGGCGUCUGUCCUCUGUGCCAGCAGCGUCACCACCGCUUUCAUCGCUGCGCUGUCUCUAGGUCUGGUGAUGGUGGCAGUGAUUAUUGGAUCCAGGAAAGUGGGCAUUAACCCAGAUAAUGUGGCCACUCCAAUCGCUGCCAGCCUCGGAGACCUCAUCACUCUGUCUCUGCUGGCUGGUGUGAGCAGCCUCUUCUUCUGUUACAGAGACACGUGGUACCUGCCUCCUGCGGUGUGCGGAUUCUUCCUGCUCCUUACCCCAGCGUGGGUCAUUAUUGCCCGUCGCUCUCCACCAAUCAAUGAGGUCCUAAAGUCCGGCUGGCAACCAGUCAUAUUGGCCAUGUCCAUCAGCAGUAUUGGUGGACUGAUUCUGGAUAAGACAGUGAGCAACCCAAACUUCGAGGGUAUGGCAGUGUUCACUCCAGUCAUCAAUGGUGUAGGGGGAAAUCUGGUGGCCAUCCAGGCCAGCAGGAUGUCCACCUACCUCCACUACUGGAGUGUUCCUGGGGCUCUUCCAUUUAUAAUGAGUGAGAACUGUCCUGGACCCUGUGCUACCCUCUGCUCCUCAGAUGUGAACUCCACAUCAGCCAGAGUCCUGAUCCUUCUCGUGGUCCCGGGUCACCUCCUCUUCCUGUACAUCAUCCACUUCCUGCAGGGAGGCCAUACUGCCAUGACGCCCACCUUCAUCGUCUGCUACCUGUCUGCAGCUCUGCUUCAGGUGUUGAUUUUGCUUUACGUGGCCAGCCUGAUGGUGCGAUGGCUGUGGCGAAGGGGCCUGGAUCCAGACAACUUCUCCAUCCCCUACCUCACAGCUCUGGGUGACCUGCUGGGGACAGGUUUCUUGGCUCUUAGUUUCAGACUGAUUAUGACGGUCAGUUCUACUGGGACUGGAGUUUGACACAGACACGCGGUGCUGCCCACCCUGACUGUACUGUUCCCUAUAUGCAAGUGGCUGAAACACACUUGCAAAGCUUAUUGGAUAUAAGAAGGAAAGUGAGGGUUAAUGAACACAUGAGGCGUAUGCCGUUAUAUUUGUGCCUCAACACUGAGCGUCCAAAUGGGACAGAAACCUAUUUUUUUAUAAGCACAUACAUUUUAUUUUGUUGACGGAUUAAUGCACAAAGAAUAAUGUAAUUUGAUCAAACAAAUAUCUAUUCUGUGCUCAAUAAAUGCAUUUGUCUGUUUGUUGUAACAGUAUAAGGGCACAGUAUAGCCUCUCACUCAUUCCCCGCUGUGUGUCCUCUCAAACCCCUUGGACACCUGCUGUGUCUCUCCCAACAUCUCUGCUCAAGGUAGCCUCAACCGGACAGAGCGUUACUGUGUGUGUCCCAACAGCAGGUAAAGGCAAAUUCAGCUAGCUAGCUUACAGCUAAAGUACAGUUUGGACAUAUAGCGCUGCAGGGACGACGUAUUUUUGUAGGCUAACCCGGAAGUUAGCAUCGUGCCGGUUCCCUCCACAAAAAGCCAAUGAGAUUUGUCCAUUCGAUUUGUGAUUAUUGCAGGAAAUAGGCUCUGUGGCUAUCACAGAUUAUGAUACUAAUGUUAUGUUCAACAAGACCACUUUUAUGGUUUCUGAAGCAUGAAUGCAAAUACCAGAAGUAAAAAACUAAUGUUAGGCUACAAACAACCUACACGUAUGCAUGACUUCACCUCAUAACCACUAGGCACUAGUUGGAACAUUUAUAAAAUUCUGCUCGUAUGCUAGUCUACCUAGCUAUCUUGAUAGGUUAAUAAGCUGGCUAACAGAUGGAUGGCAGCUAAGCAGUCGCUAACUAAGUUAGCUGCCUAACCUCUUAUUUGCCAGCUACUCAGCAAAGGCAUUAUAAUCAAUGUUUCUUUUAUUUUUUGAAAAACUGCUCUUAAAUGUUUAGACUUAGCAGCACAACUGCAUGUACAAGAUGUAAGGGUAACAACCUGAGUUGAGAGUAAUAGCUAGCUGACAUGCUAAUUACUAUAAACCAGCUGAUAGCAUGCCAUUCAAAUGAGAUAAGGCACACUGACCAACAGUCAAAAGUCAUACAUUACUUUUUUUUAAAUUUAAAAAAGGUACAGAAGUUUCUUGCAGAGGAAAUUAGUAAAGCAGGUAAACUUUGUUCUCCGAUUUUUUUUGUCUGAAAAUAAUUUCUCUGCAAACUAUGUGUUAGAAAAAAAAAAAGUUUUUCUCUGCUAAUAUAAUAUCCCUUCGUGCUCAGGAUUUAGACACAAAUCUAACAACGUACUGUAGAUGCGGGAAUGAACAAAGAGAAGUGGAAACAAUGUGGCUCAAAAUAGAAAGAGUUGGACUUAUUUUGCACUCACACAGCUCCCGGUAGUCUGUAGUUGUACUGAUCAUUGGGGUUGCACUGGUCUCAAUACCAUGCAGCAUGACUCUGUAGACACAACACCCACCUAAAAUAGAUACAAGUGGAAAUACCAUAGAACCACUGUACUGGUAGCUGUUGACACAUCUGUACACCUAUUGUCAGCUCUUAAUGUUAGAUGGCAAAUGAUUGUAUUAGGCAAUAAUUACAUAUAACUGAGUGUAAAUGUAUAUGAACACAAAUUAAAUGCUGAAUGGUAGAUUUUAUCUUGUUUAUUUAGGUUUGUGCCUUUAGACCGUGACAAGCCUUCAGUUUGCCGUUGCCAAAUUUCUACUGGUAUUUAUUUGUUUGUGCAGCACAGUGCCACCGAAUAUAGCCUGUUGUACUUAACUGUCUCCAUGUUAGUAUGUGUUACAGGUAAUGACAAUAUUUCUUUGAGCUCUUUUUGUGAACAAGUGAUUUAGUAUGCAUCUCUCUGUAUGGGGCAUUUUCAAUUGUUUGAUAUCCACUUUUAGAAAAACGAUUGUCUUUUCUGAUCAUGAAAUAGCAUCCAAAGAUGGUAACAAAUCCAUUUUCGCAGCGACAUCAAGCUUAACUGGACUUGUCUCUGACAUUUGUAAGAACUUCUAGAUGACAGCUUUGCAGCUAUGAUUUGUAAAUGAAAUAAAAGACUGACAUGUAAGUCACAAUUGCUGUAUUCUGAAGGAUAUCUGCACAGAGUGUCAAGUAUCAGGAAUGAUGCCUUCAAAACGUAUCACCGCUCCAAUAUUCAAACCAAUAAACGAACCCUCGUUGAAAUGCAUUUAUUUGAAAAUUGUGAGAGAAACUAUGGAUCUAUUUUGGUUUGUCUGACUUUGCGGAGUCAGCAAUAACAGAAUAAAUGAAGACAAUGUCAUUGUUACACAAAAAUCUCUUCCUACAGCACAAAAAAAAAAUAAACAUAGUCACAGUUUA